UGUCAGCUGUUUUUGUGCAUGCAUUGAGCUCUAUAACAUACUGGAGACUUCAGUAUGUUAUAGAGCUUGAUAGUGCAUGUAUGCAAAAACCUAUAGUGGAGUGUUAUCACAAGUUAUCACACUUGUAGAAGAUCAGGUUUCAAGCAAUUAUUUGAUCCAGAAACGAACGUUUCAACGAAGUAGGUGUUUCAAUCAUGUCCAAAUUAAGCGUUGAACAGAUUUUAGAAGAACAUUUACCAAAAGAGGAAUUGGCUCAAGUAAAACGCGUUUUAUAUGGACGUACAUUAAAACCACUAGGCAUAGAACGGGAAGAUGAAAAUUUUGAAAGAAGAGGAUGGAUAAUGCAUAGUGAAAUACUAGAACAACUUCGUCCCCCACGUCCAGUUCGAGUUGGAUUGAUACAGCACAGGAUUGUAUUAAAUACAUCCGAUCCCAUUCUGGAGCAACGAGAUGCAAUGCACAAAAAAAUUGAAUCAUACAUCGUACAAGCAGCUUUUUCCGGCGUUAAUAUCUUGUGUCUUCAAGAGGCAUGGACUAUGCCAUUUGCUUUUUGUACGAGAGAAAAAUAUCCCUGGUGCGAGUUUGCAGAGGAUGCCGAGACUGGACCUACGACUAUGUUCCUGUCUAAACUCGCUCAGGAAUACGGCAUGGUAAUAAUAUCGCCGAUUUUGGAGAGAGACUCUUCUGACGGCGACACUCUUUGGAAUACCUGUGUGGUGAUUAACGUGGAUGGUAAAGUCCUCGGGAAACAUAGGAAGAAUCAUAUUCCUCGCAUCGGAGAUUUUAAUGAAUCCACUUAUUACAUGGAGGGCAACACGGGACACCCAGUUUUUGAUACUCCUUACGCACGCAUUGCAAUUAAUAUAUGUUACGGACGUCAUCAUCCAUUAAACUGGCUGAUGUUUGGUUUAAAUGGAGCAGAGAUUGUCUUUAACCCAUCUGCUACUGUUGGAGGGUUAUCUGAACACUUGUGGCCAAUUGAAGCAAGAUGCGCUGCGAUAGCGAAUAGUUAUUACACUUGUGCCAUUAAUCGCGUGGGAACGGAGAUUUUCAAAAAUGAAUUUACAUCUGGCGAUGGGAAAAAAGCGCACAAUGAUUUUGGACAUUUCUACGGCUCUAGUUAUAUUACUGCUCCCGAUGGCACACGCACUCCAGGUUUAAGUCGACACAAAGACGGACUGCUCGUUGGAGAAUUGGAUCUCAAUCAAUGUCGACAAAUGAAAGAUAUAUGGGGAUUUAGAAUGACGCAAAGACUCGAUAUGUAUGCUAAAGAACUUGCUGAAUUCACAAAACGUAAAAAUGAAGAAAAAUGAAAAUAUGAGAACUACAUUGGUGCUACUUUUUCUAUUAUAAUCAGACACACUGCAUUUUUACACAUUAUCGUUACAAUUAAUAUUUCAGUACAUAAAUUUAUAUUUUUCUAUAAUAUAAAAGACUUGUUAAUUGUACGAUUG